CUGAAACUGAAAUCUGUGAGAACGUUUGAUUCUCUGUUCUUGACAAUGCUGUGAUUUGAACACCUUGUCGGAUUCCAAAUCUGAGAAUUUUCUAUUUAAUGGAUGUCUCUGAAAUCCACACUACGGAAAUUCAGUACAGUGGAUCCUACAAACUGUCGAAUUUAGAGAGAAGGCGUUCGAUGAAUUCAAUACUUUCUGUUUUCUUCUCUGUCAUUAGUGAAGAGUAAAAAAAAGAAGGGCCUUUACUGCAUCCAAUCGACUGGAUCUGUUUUCUUCUAUCGUUAGUGAAGAGUAAAGAAACGGGCCUUUACUGCAUCCAAUCGACUGGAUCUCUCUCCCCGUAAAGAGAUGAUGAUGAUGUCAGGUAGAAUGACGGAAGCCAUGGAUUCCAACAACUUUACCGUUGUCAUCUCUCUCUCCGUUAUCUGUUUCUAUAGGCCAGAGGCACAGGAACUGCAGAGUGCAGUGUGCACCACCAUUAACAGGUACCAAUGUCUCUCUCUAGUACACCGCUGCUCUCUGCUUUCCUGACCCUGUUCAUUUUCCAACUAUGGACGAGCGCAUCGGGAAAGAGGGAUGCGUACAUAGUCCACAUGGACGUUGCAGCCAUGCCGAGGGCCUUCAGCAGCCACCACCAUUGGUACACUUCCAUCCUCUCAUCUGAGAGCUUCAUUGCUGCUGCCGAUGAUGCUGCCCCUUCUCAGCAGUCAAGCCACAUCUACACUUACAGCCAUGCCAUCAAUGGCUUCAGUGCUGUUCUCUCCAGAACUCAGCUGGAACUGCUCAAGCGAUCCCCUGGUUUCGUGGCUGCUUACGGGGACAUAUCAGGCACAAAGGACACCACUUAUACCUACGAGUAUCUAGGCCUGAGUCCUGUCUCUGGGAUAUGGCCUGCGUCCAAGUAUGGGGAAGACAUCAUCAUAGGCGUCGUUGACACCGGCGUGUGGCCGGAGAGCUCGAGUUUCAGAGACGAUGGGAUGCAGGAGAUCCCCAAGAGGUGGAAGGGCCAAUGUGAAGCUGGUACGGCCUUCAAUGCCUCCAUGUGCAACAGGAAGCUCAUUGGAGCGCGUUUCUUCAACAGGGGACUCUUGGCACAGGACCCCAAUCUCACAAUAUCCAUGAAUUCUGCAAGGGACACCGACGGCCAUGGCACGCACACCUCAUCAACUGCUGCCGGAAACUAUGCUGGAGGAGCUUCAUACUUUGGCUAUGGUGCAGGCACUGCGAGAGGCGUAGCCCCGCGCGCUCGGCUAGCUAUGUACAAGGUCAUUUGGAAUGAAGGUAUCGUUGCUUCUGAUACUCUUGCUGCAAUGGACCAGGCAAUUGCAGAUGGUGUCGAUGUGAUCUCACUCUCCAUGAGCUAUCGACGAACUACUCCCCUCUACGAAAACCCCAUCGCCGUAGGUGCAUUUGCGGCGAUGGAGAAAGGCAUUUUUGUGUCUACGUCUGCUGGAAACAGGGGACCUGAAUCCAGGUCCAUCCGCAAUGGCGCUCCCUGGAUACUGACAGUUGGUGCUACCGCCAUAGAUCGCAGAUUUUCCGGCGUCGUCACUCUCGGAAAUGGAGCUUCCUUCGUCGGCUCAUCCUUGUAUAUCGGUAACAGAUCGGUGAAAAAUCUGCCGCUGUACUAUAAUGAAUCCGUUGCAAGCUGCAGUUCACCUGCUGAGCUAAAAGAUCUAGUGAAAAAGAAGGUGGUUGUAUGUGAAGCGACCGGCCAAUCAUCAGUAUUUGAGACCUUCGUUGUUGCAGAUGCAAAGGGCGCAGGUGCAUUGCUCUUAACAAAUAACUCGCUUGUGAUAAGAGCAACAAAUUUUGAAUGCCCAGCAUCUGUAUUGGAUCCCAAAGAUUCAGCAGCCAUAAGGAAGUAUGUGAAAACCAGCAAGAACCCAACUGUUAGCUUGACGUUCCGCAGGACUUUUACCGGCAUAAAGCCGGCACCCACCAUUGCAGAAUUUAGCUCAAGGGGACCAUCAUUCGGCACUUCAGCCAUACUGAAACCAGACAUUGUGGCACCUGGUACUCUUAUAUUGGCAGCUUAUUCUCCUACUGCAUCUGCUACAACCUUGCGGCAAAAAUCAUUCUUUAGUAACUUCACCCUCCUGUCUGGAACAUCCAUGUCAUGCCCCCACGCCUCCGGGCUCGCUGCGCUGCUGAAGUCUGCUCACCCGGACUGGAGUCCGGCCACAAUCCGGUCGGCAAUGAUGACAACUGCUAACAUUUUGGAUAACACCGGGCAACCCAUUGACGGUGGUGCAUCUCCUCUGGCGGUGGGUUCAGGUGAGAUCAAUCCAAACAAGGCCAUGGACCCAGGUCUGGUCUACGAUGCUGGUCGCGGAGACUAUGUCAAGUUCCUCUGUGCCCUGAAUCUUACGAGAGCAGAGUUCCAGGCAAUUGCAAGAAACUCUUCCGACUACGAUCGAUGCGAAGGCGGGAAUCUUGAUUUGAACUACCCGUCUUUCAUCAGUUACCUAGAUUCAGAGCAGUCUUCUGGUGUGUGGAUGUUUCAGAGGACGGUGACAAAUGUAGGAGAAGAUGGUCCUACGACUUACACUGCCAAACUCACAACAAUGAAGGGCUUUAGCGUGACAGUGACUCCAUUAAAGCUCACAUUCCAGAGGAAAAACCAGAAAGCCUCGUUUUCUCUCACAUUGGAAGUGAAGCGGCCGAUGAAAGACCCCAUAGUUUUUGGGUUCUUGACUUGGGUGGAUGACCAAGGAAAGCAUACUGUAAGGAGCCCAAUCGUGGCUACCACUGUAAGAGAGACAGAAGAUUAAGAGUUCUCCUUAUAGUUUCUACCAAGAAUAAACUGUCAAGGAAGCUAUUUCUGAGAUUAAUCAAGUUCUUGCCAUCCGGUGACAGCAUACUCAA